AUGGGUCCGAAGAAGAUGAUGAUGUCUAUUGAAUUAAAACGUGAAAUCAUAGAAAAACAUGAACAAGAUGUGCGAGUAAUUGACUUGGCGAAGAUGUACGGGCGUAGGACAUCAAUGAUAUGUACUGUGCUUAAACAGAAGAAGUUGAUAAGGGGUAUAAAACCAGCUAAAGGCGUUACAAUAAUUUCUAAGCUCCGGACCUCUCUUCAUGAAAAGAUGGAGAAACUAUUGAUGAUCCCACAUACUUCCACAAAAGAGGAAUCGAAAGACUCGUUUAAAGCCAGUCGGGGCUGGUUUGACAACUUUAGGAAAAGGACCAGCAUUCACUCCGUCGUCAGGCAUGGUGAGGCAUUAAGUUCGGAUGUAAAAGCAGCUGAGGUUUGCAUCAAAACAUUUUCCGAAUUGAUAAAAGCUAAAGGAUACAUUCCCCAGCAAGUCUUCAACUGUGAUGAGACAGGGCUUUUCUGGAAAAGGAUGCCGAACAGGACUUACAUAACGGCAAAGGAGAAGACGAUGCCAAGUCACAAACCCAUGAAAGAUAGAUUAACCUUAGCACUUAGCGCCAAUGCGAGUGGCGACUGCAAAAUCAAGCCUCUGCUAUACCAUUCAGAAAAUUCCAGAGCCUUUAAGACUUAUAAGAUUUUAAAAGAAAAAAUGCAAGUUAUGUGGAGGCUGGGUAUUACGACAAGGACCUUAACCUCUGCAUGGAAGACGCUUUGGCCUGAGACUAUAACUGAAAGGGCUUUCAAAGAAUUGGAACCUGAAGUGUCAGUAGUAGAGGAAAUUAUUUCUCUAGGAAAAUCCAUGGGUCUGGAGGUGGAUGAGAGAAAUGUUAACGAACUUGUCCAUGAACAGUCUCAGGAGAUGGAAGAGGAUAUAAAGGAGAUCUCUACAAGAGAUAUAAAAGAGAUCUUGGGAAUCUGA